UUACGCUCCCCGAGCUGUUAGAGGUUAAAAUACGUCGUGGGCGUAGCGGCUCCUUGUAAUGGCGACCGUGCCGUAGCUGUGCCCAGGUUUGUGAAAAUGAAGCGAAGAAGAAGUUAUUUCUUUUAAGUGAAACGCCGAGGUUCCCCGGAGGAGGACUGCGCGUCUGCGGCCGUCGUCUCUUAACGUGGUUAACUCAGCCGUGCUUCUGAACUCCGCUGCCCCCGAGAUGAUGAAGCUCAAGUCGAACCAGACCCGGACGUACGACGGGGACGGCUACAAGAAGCGGGCCGCCUGUCUGUGCUUCAGGAGCGAGAGCGAGGAGGAGGUGCUGCUGGUGAGCAGUAGUCGACAUCCAGACAAGUGGAUAGUUCCCGGAGGGGGGAUGGAGCCGGAGGAAGAGCCUAACAUUGCAGCAGCUCGAGAAGUGUGUGAAGAGGCCGGUGUGAAGGGGACUUUAGGUCGCUUAGUUGGAGUAUUUGAGAACCAAGAGAGGAAACACAGAACCUACGUCUACGUUCUUGUUGUAACGGAGGUGCUGGAGGACUGGGAGGACUCUGUCAACAUUGGGAGAAAAAGGGAAUGGUUUAAAAUAGACGAAGCCAUGCGAGUGUUGCUGUGUCACAAGCCCGUGCAGGCCACCUACUUUGAGGCGCUCCAGGAGAGCUGCCUCACCAGUAACGGAACACCUUUGGUGACCACGAUAGGUGGGGACCUCUCCCCUACCUACAGCAUCAAUCAGAGCUCCGUCUCUGGCAUCAGAUAACUAAAACCAUAACUCUGACACCCCCUGGAGCUUUUGAGCUUUCGCCACCACUUGCGCUCUUAUUUGUGUCUCUUCUUCUUCUUUUCUUCUUCUUCUUCUCUUCUUCUUCUUCUUCUUCUUCUUCUACUCUUCUUCUUUUCUUUUUGUCUCAAUAACAUGGUUUGCCUUGCCAACUCCUUUGUGCCAGAACUGUGGCACAGACUUGAUGACAAGUGUUGGGUGAAAAGUCUGAAACACUUUGUAAAUGUAAUUUUGGACCCCCCUCCCCCGCCACCUCUUUUUGUUUUUCUUUUUACUGACAACUGCAUGAAAUGUCCUCUUGCUCCCUUCAUUCUCUUUCCUUAAAGCGCCCUUAGCGUGGUGUUUAUUGAAUGCAAGAACUACUUUUUACUGUUGUAAUGUAAAAGUGUAUACUUAGUGCUUAAGCUGAAGGCUUUUGGUGGUCUUUUUAAUGUCUCCUCCAUUUUUCUUUGGUUAUUUCUCUGUGAAUGAAUGGGCCCAUUAGUGUAGUCUCUCUCUCUCUCCCCCUGCUGUAAGGAUCAGAAGUGCUGUCUGUCUGAAUGAACAGAAUUGUGGGAAGUGACUUGUCUUGCAUGAGCACCGUUGUGUUGCGUCACGCUCAGUCGAGUGACCUGAUGCUGACCGCGACAGAUUUGUGGUGAAGUCUUUUGGAUUAUUUGGAAACGGUCUCUUCAUUUUGCUACUUAUCGUGGUUGUUGAUGUCUCUUUUAUCAGAAGGAUACGGCCCCUCAGUAGUAUUUCAAUUUCAAGUGCGCUCGCUCUUAUUUGGGGAAACAACCCAAGCACUACAGGUUUCGUUCUCAAACAGAGCGUAUAGACUGUGGAGAGAGUGAAAGAAUUUCAACAUAUAAUGUAAAUGAACCACCGUUUUCCUCAGUGUCUUUACCUCCUUUUUAAUCCCAUUUUGUUUUCUUUCCUUUGUUUUUUGUUUAAUGCUUUUCCUGUGACUGACUACAAAGUCUUCCUCCACAUACUUAGAAGGUAGAAGCGGUAGAUUUCAAUUAUCAUGGACUUGUAAUUUCAAAAUGCAGCACAUAUCACUUAAGUUAUUAAACCCAUUUCCGCAUUUUACUCCUCACAUUCAGUUUGGUUAAAAGCAUUUGUUUACAUUGUGUUCGUAGCACAGGUGACGUUAGUGGGCACUUUUUCUUUUUUUUUUACCCUUCUGUCCUUAGUAUUUAAUCUGCAUCCCCAGAAACACUCAAAACACCUGCUUGACAUUGAAAGUAAUGGAAUCUAAAAUGCUGUCUUGGGCAAGAUGCAGAACAACAAGCCUUGUACAGUUUGAGACCUCGUUUUUAACAUGUAAAAUGCUUUUGGAUACCUUUUUUUUUUUUCUCCUCUCUAACGUCUGGCAAAAGUCUCUUUAACUGAGCUGCGUCACUUGGCCUCUGUGGCACGAGGCAGCUGGCUCAAUACUGUGAAACUGGAGGCGCUGUAGAUAGCAUGUAAGAGGUUUUUAUUGUAAAUUGUUUAUUUCUGUAUAGAUCAAAGGUGAGAGUACAAAUGACUAAACACAUCUUACACAUCAGUGAGUGCUACGUGUCAUCGAGGCUGGAAGAAUUGAUUGAACCUCUCGCUGUUGGUUCUGGAGCGGUUUGGACUUUUCUCUUGAGAUAGCGAAGAGAACAUCCGAGGAUAGACGAACGGGGAAUGUGGCUGAGAUCGUACAUGCGAGAAAAGAGCCUAUAAUCAAAAACUCUCAAAUAUUCUUCAGACCAAAUCUAAUUAACGUCAAGAGAUUAGUGUUUUUUUGCUUUUACUUUGGCCAAGCUACGAAAAAUUGUUUCUAAACCUCCUAUUUAGUUUAGCACCUGCUGUCUUUUUAAGCCAACAGCUGUUCCACUGGUUUUCAGUAUAUUUCCCUCAGAGUGAUUCUUUCAGUAGUUUCUUUCCCAAAAGCUCAAAGAUCAUUCUGUUAUUUUCUGUCUAUAUUUAAACCUGCAACAGCUUAUUUUUUGGCCACUUGGGGACAUUGAAACGAGCUUUAAACGCACAUCCAACAUUUACAGGGAAACAUUAAUUGAGACACGUUUGUGUCCACCUGUUAAAUGUAAUGGUAAUAUACUGUUCUUGAAGCUGCCCAAUUCUCCACUGUGUUAAUCAGUGUCUGCCGUAUAACUGUAGGCAGGUAACGUACAGUUGAGUUGUAGCCUUUUCAUUGAAAACAAGCAAACGCUAUGAGAAUUGAAGUGACCCAAAACAGUCAAUAUCAGGCUAGAUUGAUGAUUACAUGAUUGAUAAUUCUCUUUGCAUUCAUCAAUAUGUGUAUGUGAGCCACUGUUGAUAUAAAAGAAACAAUUUGGCUUUGAAGGUUGGGAAAGAAACUACAAUUCCUGUGUUUUACCAUCUGUUCAUGUCUAAAAAUCAUGGGAAUUGCAGUUUUGGUUGCAAACAUACGAGAGCUGCCCGUUGUCAUGAUUCAGGAACUGCCUUUGUGGGCAAUAACAUGGAGAACUGAAAGCUAGUGGACUAAAUGCUAAACUAGAUAAGAGACUGAUAAGACGUGGCGAGGGCCGCGGUGACUUCACCUUCUCAGCGAAUUAGGCUUCACACAAACUCCUCAGACCGGCUUGUGAUAAUCCAGGAAUGAAACAGCUUUUUUUCCCCCUAAAUGACAGUGAAGGUGAAAGAGGUCUAAAGUCUCCUUCACAACAAUGAGUGACUUUGAGCUGGUUUUACUGCUGUGUAUCAGAAAGGUGCGGUGGCCAAAGUCCUGCUUUACGAUGCCCUGCCUGGCACUUCCUUUGAGAUUUUUGUGUUGAUUAGCGCUUUUAGUCUUCAUCUCAAUGUGCUAUUAGACUUUUAAGGGGACAAACCAGUUUGUGGCAUGAAAAACCAAACUUAACCCUCAGUAAUUGGCUUAAUGGUUGAAUUCACUCUCGGUGGUUUGAUGUGGGCGAUAGAUACUUGGCAAAAUGAAUGUGAGGAGGAUUUCCACAAGUAACAGCCAGUGACUUGAUUAUUAAUGACCACUUGUUCUUUAUCCAUAUUUUUUUUUUUUCUGCUUUUUCUUUAAUCCGUUGUGUUGUUGACAAGCUAAUGUCUUGUAUAUAGCUAACACAGCCUCCUUACAGCCGGAGGACGCACUCUGGCUUUUGGUCAAUAAGGAUUAAUUAAUUGAUUUUCUUUAUUUUAUUUUUUAAACGACUCCCCUUCAACUCAAAACUCAUGCUCCGUCACAAAUGGAGUAAUUCAGGCGGAAGUUCAGGAGGGCAUUUGUGAAAUGAAUGUCUCCAUAUGAUUAACGUUAAGAUGGAGCAAACAAUUCUACCCUUUUCUAUGAUAUUGAAGCUUGUGAGCUUGGUUAAAACAGGAUUUAUUAGUUAAAGAACAAUGGGAUCCACUGAUGAAGUAUAUUUAUCGUCAUGUCCAUUAACUGGCCCCAUCUUGUGGCCAAAGCAAAAAAAAAAAAAAAUGAAAAGCACAUCACUAAACGGCUGAGGAUUGUAAAAAUCAGCUAAAUUACGAAUAUAAAUUUAUUUAAACAAAACAUUGCCCCCAAGAUACUUUGCAAUUGAAUAAGAAAAUGAACACGUGCACUUGUAGCUGUCAACCUCAGCCUCGAAGUUACUCGCAAUUGUUUUCUCUGAAGUGUGUCACUGGAAUAUUCUUUUCCUCUCUUGUCAUUUGGGACUGUGGAAUUAAACCAGUGCGAGAAGACUGAAGAUUGUAAUAUAAAUGUGCCAACAAAUAAACACCAGUAUUUCACAUUCA